AUGGCACUUAGCGUUGAUGCUGUUGCGAGUUUGGUGAAAGAAUUGAACAUUGCAGACAAGACAUCUGAGGUCGACAGUCAGGUUCCUGGUCACUCAAGCUCAACUCUUCAAGAUUCAAUCCAAUCGCUCGAUCAAUCUGUCAAAGUAAUUUCCUCACAGGCACAGCAAGCUCAUUCAUUAGCUGGCUCCAUACCCUACCCCAGUAGUCUGGAUAUCACACAAAUAAACUUACUUUGCAGACUAGCCAACGAGGUUACUGAAGCGGUUCGAAUUCUCGAUGAUACGGCCAAUACACUUAAAAAUGCCCGGGAAGUGUCCAUCGUUGCUUCCCUUACUUCUCUUGGAGGCCAGGGUGGGGCUAAGUUCCGCGACGGGUCUCUGCUUCAGCGUAUGUUGACACACUUCGACGAGCAAAUAAGAAGUAUAGUCCGAGGCGUCCUGGACAACUCGAGCGAUGUCAUCCUAUGGAAGAUCGCCGAAGAGUGUUAUAAUCAAGCUAGCAGCUACUCCGGCUCAUUACAUACCGACAACUAUUUUGUUCCACACGACGAGGCGCUUCUUGAAAGGCCAUAUGACCCUGAUUACCAGGCUGAGGGAUAUUAUGAACAUGAAGAUCGCCUGUUAAUCGACCAAAAUUAUGCCAAGUCCAUAGAGGAACAAACGCAGCAUAGAAGAGAGGAAAGGGAGAGAGAAGAAGAGCUCUGGGUCGACUUUUGGGUUUUUGUACUGGGGAGAUGCCCUAACGGACCGACGCUGUUCCACCCACCUGCAAACCACGAGAUCGAACUUCACAUGCUUGGGACUGCAGAUAUCCCACAUUAUUUGUUCCGGACUUUUGACACUAUGAGCUCGGGGAAAAAUGAUAACAGCGUGGUAGCUUCACUAGCAAGUGUUCAUAAGCCACCCUAUGACAGCAGAAUAGAUCUUCUGUCUCUUUCCGCACACGAAGCGACACAUAUGAUGCACACACAUCUGGCUAAACAUACUUGUGGUGGAGAAUACUCGGAUAAUCUAGUUUCGUGGACAAGCUCUCUUUUGUUCGCAAUUCAAUACGCGAUCUGGAGACGCCGCAGGUUCCGCUGCUCUGCAGCAAAUAUCCAGAUCUGCGCAGUGGACACGAGGAGAUUUCCGCACGGGCAAUUCGCACCAGAUAUGUGGCUUCUGCAAGCGUAUCAUAACACGGCUGCAAAAUUGGGUGGGGAUACAAAAAGAUUCUUCCACUUUCGUCUUGGGGAUGAAAGGUACCAGAAUGGUGAAUUCCUUUCACAGGGAUCAGUACACCAUGCGGGUCGAUCGUGUGUGGUGUCUUUAGAAAAACUGCAGGAGUCGGAGCUUUACAAUCUCUAUCCCGAGCUCGCUGAAGAAGAGGGCAUGAACAGGUGGUCGAAUCGUGUGCUAGAAUUGCGGAGGCGCUGGUCCGAAGAGCGGCUGACAAGUGCUCAAGAGUUAGAUUUUGCGGAGAUGGUGGCGAGGAGAUGUUUUCAUGCUUUCGAGGCUGCUGAUAUGAUGCUGAUACUCUUGACAUUCAAAGCCCGCAAGAUGAAAGAAUAUCCCAAAGAUGACAAUAAAAAUUGUCCGAAAUGGGCUCGCAAGCCAGAUGAGGUCCGAAGAUAUGUAAGUGCAGCUGGACUGCUAAAAUCGCGAAAGCAAACUAUGAACGGAAGGGGGGGUGCCUCCCUUCGCAUAUCGAAUGGUGUAUCUGGCAUUCAAAUAGUCAAGGAAAUGUUCGACUACAUUUGA